GCUUCUAGAUGGAAACGGAGCUUUACAGAAUUAUCAGUGACUACUUGAAAAAUCAUAGAGAGAGGCUGGCUACAAAGGAUGCUGAUAACAUUUUUGUGAAUUCAUUUGGGAGCAUGUUCUCUCCAUCAUCCUACACCAGACAUCUCCAAUUGCUUUUCGAAAGGUUGACAGGAAAGCAAAUAUCAGUGAACUGCCUGAGGUCAGCCUUCAUUACGUACGCCUAUUCACAAGAGAAUUGCUCCGACAGUUUGAAAGAGAGCCUCGCGUCUGCUUUGAGACACUCAGUGAAGCAAGCACAGGCAGUUUACGAUCGCAGAACGCAGAACCAAAAGAAAAGUCAGGCCAUGGCGCUCGCCAGGAGUAUGGCCGAAGAGGAGAGUUCUGGGUGCACGCCUUGUGAAGGACAGCUAGCUUCUACAUCAAAACAGCAACAGAGAGAGUUCAAGCCAGGCCAAUUUGUUGCAGUUCUUCAGGAAGAAAGCACUCUUAAGAGCCCAGUUUUUUUUAUAGGCAGAAUAUUGUACUACAGAAAUAACUCAGAUGAAAUUGAAUUGCUCUGGUACAAGAAUGUCAGGGGUGGAGAUUACAAAUUGACUUUUGAAGGGAUUCCAUGGGUUGAAAAAGAAGAAAGUUUGACUUUGGUCAAAAUGUCUCCAUCAAAGAAGCUUGUCGAUCAAUAUAGGCUGGAUACAGCUCCCAGAACAAUUCACAAAACAGCGGUUUCUUAUAAGUGAUUGGUCAUGUCAGUCAAAUGUAUUCUCUGCUGUGUACUGCAAACAUUAUUUCAUUGCAAAUAGUCAAAGAUGUGAAUUAUGCAUAUUAGUAUUGGUUUCAGAAGGAAAUAAAAGCCAUUGAAUUUGUGAUUUCCAUGAUGACAGCAUAAUAUAUCUCCCCAGUUUAAUAAAUUGCCCAGCUAUGGCAUGAGAACGUCACACCAAAACAUUUUGUUGUUUGAGUGACUGCAUAUCAAAUCAAAACUAAAUGCACUUGAGUUCUAAUUUUGCAAAGAAUGUCAAUAGGCCCGAAUUUUGAGUGUU